ACGUCACAUAAAUAUAAGUAGUAAAAAAAGAGAUUGAAAACAUGCUCUAAUCUAUAUUCUUUGAUCUCUCAUUCCUUUGUUAAAUAAGAAACACAUGUUGUAAUUGUAAUUGUAAGACAGCAGUACAAUAAUACCGCAACUUCAUACUCAAUGUCUGUCCCUUUCUCUUGCUUUUCCAUUCCAGCUGCGCCUAACUAUACAAUCAUUUAUAUAUAUCGGCUACUCUUAUUCAUCUUUAAACUCUCUCUCUAUCAAUUUCUCUUUUGAAAAGAUGAAGAGGAAUUGCAACUUGGAACUCUGCCUUUAUCCUCCAUAUGUGUCUGAUAGAAAUCACAUGGUUGAAGAAGAAGAUAAUGAUCUGAGCUCAAUGCAAAAUCAACAACAACAGCCGCUAACCAUUUUCUACGAUGGCAAGAUGUGUGUUAUUGAUGUUACGGAGUUUCAGGCCAAAUCCAUCCUAUUGCUGGCAAAUAAAAAGGUGCAAGAAAUAGUUAAGACACCAACAGGGUCAGAGCCAUCGACACCAGCAAUAGUAGAAUCUCCACAUCAAUUGUAUAGUCCUCCUGGUCCUGCUCUUUCAAUGAAAAUGUCUUUGCAACGGUUUCUACAAAAGAGAAAAAAUAGGAUCCAACAAGCUUCUCCAUAUAAUCAUUAGCGAAAUCAAACUAGUUUGUUAUUUUUUACAAUAGGCUAUUUAGAAUCAAUUAUUUUCUUCUUUUUUUGAUAAGUCUUGUUAGAUUUCUUACAUUUCAAUUUUUUUCUUAAAAGUUUAGUUAUUAUUCAUUAACUAUUAGAAAAAUGAAUUUUUCAUAAAGGAAUUUUUGAUGGAAUAAA